GACUCACCCACAGCAGUCAUGGCGUCCACAGCGGCGACUAGAGCUGCAGCUGGUGCUGCUAAAGUUGUUAAACCAAUAUUCAGCCGGGACCUGGACGAGGCGAAGCGCAGGGUCCGGGAGCUGUACCGAGCCUGGUACCGAGAGGUCCCCCACACAGUGGCAGUGUAUCAGCUGGACAUCACAUCUCGUCAGGGAAGAGACAAAGUGAGGGAGCUGUUUGACAACAACAAGCACAUCACUGACCCUCGUGUGAUCGACAUGUUAGUCAUUAAGGGGAAAAUGGAACUGGAGGAAACAAUCCACGUCUGGAAGCAGAAGACUCAUGUAAUGCGCUAUUUUCAUGACACUCAGGAACCUCGUGCCACUGACUUCCUGUCCAAAUUCUACGGGGGUCAUGACCCCUGAACUGUACGGCUGUCUGCUGACCUCUGACCCCUCUUUGCUUGUGUCCAGUGUGACAGAUGUUCCCCUUGACUGUAAAUACACACUUAAACCCACA